GUCACAUUGCCCCAUCAUCGAAUCACAUCUCUUCAUUCAUCAUCAUGACUUCUGUGCCGCCGACGUCCACCAUGGCUCCCGCCGAGGCUCCUGCUGCUGCCUCCCCUGCCAUAUCGCUGCCGUCAGCAGAAACCAUCCAUCACUUCCAGGAAACCUUCUCCUUUGUCCGCCACGAGCGGGAGGAUGUGCGUAAGAUGGCGAUUCACGGCAUCGCCGAGCAGAGCAAGGACAGCCGCGAUUUGUGGAGCUUCCUGGCCUCGCCGCAGUUCGGACCGAGUUGCAUCGACGCGCUGCUACAGUACCUCCACGCGGGCGGCAAGAACGUUCUGGGCGACAUUCUGACGAUCCUCGUGAACUGCUCUGCGGAUGGCAGCUGCGCCGAGAUGCUGGUGCAGCGCAAGGUGGUGCGAAAGACGAUGCGCCUGCUAGAUGGGAUGGAGCGCAGUGACCAGCCACAGUCCUACGUGCGCAGCGUGCAAGAGCUUGCGUUGAUGCUGCUGAACAACUUAACGGCGAGUCACGUCACCGCCAUCGACGAUCUUCUGCAAAAGGAAGACGAAGACAUGCGUGGGUUUUAUUUGGGUAAGCUGCACGUCUACUACGAACGCUUUGACGCUGAAGAUGCGGAGACGCGCACAAAGGUGGAGGAGGCGGAGGAGGCGAGGAAGGAAAGGGACGCCGCUGUCAGCAUCAACCCAGAGAAACAGAGGGAGAGCGAGGACAAGAUCGCCGCGGGCACCGCUGCUGCCGCCGCCGCCGCACACCGCGACCUGAAUCGGUGGAUUCUGCACAUCCUGCUGAAUCUCACCCGCACGUUAGACGGCCAGCAGCUGCUUCUAGAAGACGAGGAGUGGCGCGUCGCGUUAAACGACUCCCUCUCCUCUUCCAACCCGCGUCAUCGCUACCUGGCGGCGCAGUGUUACCGCAACUGCGCCUGCUCCCCCAACCCCCUCUACGGCCUCAUUAUGAAGAGUGACGCCCUCGUCACGGCGGUGCAUCGGUUGGCGCUGAAGGAGCCAAUUGCCGAUAUUCAGCAGUCCUUAGCGGAGUUUAUCGCCAGCAUGUUGGAGUCCGAGGAGGGCAUGGCGCGGCUGGAGGGCGUGAACGCGAAGAAGGCGCUCGCCUCGGCGGUGGCCGCGUCGACGCCGUCCACAGAGGACGCUGACAAUAACACCAGCCGUGUGGAGGUGGUGGAGGAGGACGGUGUGCCGGUGGAGGCGUCCGCCCCAUACGUCGUGCUCGGCCCGCAGGUGUGCGAGUUUAUCGCGCGGAGCGUGCUGCCGUACCUCGACGACGUCGUGGAUGCGUAUUUGGCCCCCGGCAGCGAUGAACUGGAUUGA